GCCGGGGCGGGGCCCGGCGCGCAGUACUUGUUGCCCCGCCCCGGCGCUCGGCGCUCUUUCUGGCGGAGACGGCGGACAUGGGGACACCACAGAAGGACGUUGUAAUAAAACCGGAUGCCCCAAGCACACUACUUCUGGAGAAACAUGCGGACUAUAUAGCUUCUUACGGAACAAAGAAAGAUGAUUAUGAGUACUGUAUGUCGGAGUAUUUGAGAAUGAGUGGUGUUUACUGGGGGCUGACAGUAAUGGAUCUAAUGGGACAGCUGCACCGAAUGAACAAAGAUGAAAUUCUGGCAUUCAUCAAAUCAUGUCAACAUGAAUGUGGUGGUAUAAGUGCCAGCAUAGGUCAUGAUCCUCAUCUUCUGUAUACCCUCAGUGCUGUUCAGAUUCUUAUCUUGUAUGAUAGUCUCCAUGUUGUUGAUGUUAAUAAAAUUGUUGAAUAUAUACAGAGCUUGCAAAAAGAAGAUGGAUCAUUUGCUGGAGACAAAUGGGGAGAAAUAGAUACAAGGUUCUCCUUCUGUGCUGCAGCAACUCUUGCACUUCUGGGAAAACUCGAUGCUAUUGAUGUGGGGAAAGCAGUAGAAUUCGUUUUGUCCUGUAUGAACUUUGAUGGAGGAUUUGGUUGUAGGCCAGGUUCUGAAUCACAUGCAGGACAGAUCUAUUGUUGCACAGGAUUUCUGGCUAUAACAGACCAGUUACAUCAAAUAAAUGUUGACUUGCUGGGCUGGUGGCUUUGUGAACGACAGUUACCUUCUGGAGGUCUCAAUGGACGACCUGAGAAGUUACCUGAUGUAUGUUAUUCAUGGUGGGUGCUAGCGUCUCUGAAAAUGAUUGGUAGAUUACAUUGGAUUGACAGAGAGAAAUUGCGCUGCUUUAUUUUGGCUUGCCAGGAUGAGGAGACUGGAGGAUUUGCAGACAGACCAGGAGAUAUGGUGGAUCCAUUUCACACCUUGUUUGGAAUUGCUGGACUCUCUUUAUUAGGAGAAGAACAAAUUAAGGCUGUCAAUCCUGUCUUUUGUAUGCCAGAAGAUGUCCUUCAAAGAAUAAAUGUACAACCUGAGCUUGUGUGCUAAGUAUUGUAGAGACAAAAGAUUGAUGUGCCCAGUCACUUUGCUUUUACUGAUUGGAAGUCAUCCCUGAAACUACUAGCAUAUUUUUCUUUUGGAUAUGUUUACGUUACUGAGGUAAAGCAACUGCUUUACUGUGGGCUUUGUCAUUUUGUAAAUUGUGACAGAACAGGCUUGCUUGUUCUAAUGAUCUGAGUGUAACAUGUUCUUAGGUUGUAUAUAAAAGAUGUAGAAACCUUUUCUGUAUCUUAAUAUAUGGGCCUUUUUUGAAUAUUCAAGUAAGUCACGGUGAUAGUAUGAAUGUCUUAGUUUCUGUAUUCCUGUGAUAUCAACCGUAGUAGCAUCUGUCUUUAUACAAGCAUGUUUUGAAGGUGGAUCACACAAAGCACUUUAAAAGAAUAUAAAAAAAAUCUACUUAAGCCAAUGCAUUUAAUAUCACAUGGUUUGUAUUUAAUUCUUUCUGUUCAUGUUUGCCAUCACUUUUAUUUGGCAAGAUGCAAGCUAUUUCUUCUGAUAGUGAUAAAUAACAGUCAAAACAAAAAUUAUGGUCCCCACUAAGUGUACAAAUAUGUUGUUAUUUAUUGAUAAAGUAUCACUGAUACUUGAAAUAGAACAUAUGUUGAAGAUAUAUAUACAUAUAUAUAGUGAAACUUGCUAAUACUGUGCAUUUUGGAGAUAUUUCUCUCCAGGACAAUGGUUUAUUCCUGAAUACAGUGUUGAUCUUCAAUUUGUUGCUGGGUUGAGAACCUGCUACCCUAGCUUUUAAGAAAAUAAUUGCCAGCAUUACAUUAUGAUGUAAUUGAGAAUAAAACUAGCCAUGGAAAAUACUUGUUUUCUGAAGGAUGAAGUCGUCUUUAUAUUCAUUGAAGCCCUAAAAAUGCCUCUUACAAUAUAUCCCACACAUUCUGGCAGAGGACUAAAUGGUAUUUCAGUUGAAAUGCACAGUAAAAGGUAAUUGCAGUGUUUAAUAAUCUCUAUGCUUAAAGAAGGUCUAUAGUUGUUUCAAAAACAGUUUUAAAAACAAAGUGGUUAUUUUUUUUCAACCUGCUCAUGGUACUAGAGGAUAGGAUAGAACUGGACAAUGUAGCUUUUCGGUGGACUUCUAGCAAGUUUCAAAGAGACUGUGUAUUUGAGUAUUCAAACAUUUCUAACAUUUUUUUUUUUUAAGCCUUAAUUUCUCUAAAGGCUUUCUGAUGGGGACAGAAAAGUACUGUUAACUGUCCAGGUGCCUGAUGAGUUGUUUGGUCAAGGCUUGGAAGAAGAAAUUUCAUUCUAAGACUUUAAAAAAGUUACAGGAGGCUUUGUGUUGAAUAGGAGAGAAGGGAGAGCACUGCUCAAGUUCUCUAUAUCCAUAAAGUAACACAAAAGCUUUAACUUUUUUUUCCCCUCAUUUCAGGUUACCUUUUCAAUUACUUUUUUUUUCUCACAAAGGAAUCGCUGUUCAGUAGUUAGGAAUCUGCCAUCUUUUUCUAUAUUGUGUGGACGUAACAAAGUUCUUGAAUUUCUAGAUGAAGACUAGAUGAAGACAUUUUGGAAAUUAAUAUGUGGGUGAUAUUGCAUGACUGCAUAGAAUACUGUAGGUUAAAAUCCUACUAAUGUUACUAGAGUUUUCUCUCAAGGUGAUUUGGUCAACUUUUCCUAAAUCACUGUGAUUUUCAAGAUUUAAGAUCACUAGUUAAAAGAGUGGAUGUGUAUGCAAACUAGUAACUUCAGAGUAUUUUUUCAUUUUUAACAUUUUUUCUUAAACUGUAGAAAGUAAGAUGGUAUCAUCAUAAUUGUUUACACAAAUUAAAUCAUGAUCUUUAUUAAAUAUACUGUGGAAAAAAAUUGUUGCCCAACAUGCAAAUGUUAAAGGACUUGGUUCAUUUUGAUGCAGAAAACAUUGUUAUAGUCUACCUCUAUUUUGUUAGAUGUGUUUCUUAAUAAGAUUCUUUGUGUACAUACUUAACAUAAUUGCAGUGAUUAAUCUUUUGUUCUAGGUCUUCAGUUAAAGGUCCUUUAUUAAAAGCUUUGAUAAAUUUAUUUCUAUUACUUUAUUUUAUAUGCCAGUCUUUACACAGAAGACCCUGAUAUUAUCUUAGUACGUGAGUUUUGAGCACUAUAGUGUAGCUACCAAUCCCAGUGAUAAAUUUUGCAAAACGCUGUAUGAAAUUUGCAAAAUAGUGUUUUUUUUUUUUUUAAUCAAGUAUGUACACAUCAACUUUAUUGAAAGAAAAUCUAGAGGGGAAAAAAAUAUUUUGGUUGUGUUCCAAGAACAUGGUCAGGUCUGGGGAUUUGUGCUUUAUUCCAAAGAUGUACCUUGCAAUUAUGCUGAGAGGGCCUGGUUGGGCAAAGUCAGUCUUAAGAUUCAUGAUGCAUGAGGAGGGAAGAAAAGGGGGAAAGAAGCAUUCCUUUUGUUUCUGACUUUCUUGCUGUACACUGUUUCCUGUUGGAGAAAAGGAGGAGUUAUGUCAGCUUCAGGAGUCUCAAUGCAGGUGGCAACUAUGAAGUACUUGAAAUUCAAGACAAUGGCACCAAAUGAAAUCAGCACCAGCUCUCUUCCCUCCAUCCUUUGAUCUCCAGUGAAACUGAAGAAUUGGAGAUGUUUGAAGUUUUUAAUAUUAUGUCUGACUGACUGUUUUCAGUUGAGAGAACACAUUCCCCUGUUCUGAAAUGGGAGUUUUGGGGUGAUGCCUUCCAGGUGUCAGCUGAGGAGCUGCAGCAGAUUGUGGUCACUGGAGUUGCUGUGGCAAAGUUGAGUAUCCAUCAAACUGCAGCUGUCCACAAACUCCUCUUAAAGGGAAGCCUGGCUUUGUUCUGGUGUGUGUGUGUGUGUGUGUGUGUGUGUGUGUGUGUGUGUGUGUGUGUGUGUGUGUGUGUGUGUGUGUGUGUGUGUGGUUAAUGCAGGGUUUGCUAAGUUGAGGAGACUAGUACUGGCUAGUCAAAAUAUUUUGUUGCUUAAUUGAAAGACUUAAGUGUUAUAAAUAUAUGCUAAUAAGCAAAACUGUUACAUAUGCUCUAAACAUUAAUGCACAUGUUUGGGGUUCUUUUGGUGUCUAGCUAUAGGUAAAGUUCCUGCUAAAAAGGUGUCUGUAUACGGAGCUGGAUGAAGAAAGAAUGUUGGACAUGUUGUGUAAAUCCUAUAAUGUUUUUAAGAGCAUAACAUGAUUUUUUUGUGUUUGUAUGUCACCAUUCUGUUCCCUGUGUAUUUGCAUAAUUUAAAUGUAACUUGUUGCAGGCCCAGCAACUACAUUUACUACUGUAUAUGUGUAAAUACAGGUAUGCCACAGUA